AUUGAACUCAGAUCUUAUCAUUUAGCGCGUUAGCAGGUCAUGAUGCAUAUGACAGCACAUUCAACAACAAACCACGGACGUGUGUAGGAAAUACAAUUUUGUGAACACACGAACUUGGGUUGAAAUUCAAUGACGUCCACACUAAUUAUCCUAACAAUAGGUGUGCUAUUCUGUAUUGAACACUAGCUCCCAUGGAGACGAGUACACCAUGACAUCAACUAACUCCUCGCUGGUUGUGCUGGAGGCUAUUCUGCAGAAGGUUACACAAUCUGCUUCUGGUCUUAAAUCAUUCCUGGAGAAUUUACAGUCAUGUCAACGGUUGUCUCAUGCUGUACAUCGCCAUGUCAUUCACUGCAGUAACUUUCUUUCGAAUAUGCGAAAAACUUCGGCAUAUUUGAAAGCUGUAGGUGCAGCAACAAAAGUCACAGGUGGUUUGUUUGCAGCUGCAAGUGUGAUGUCACAUUCUGAUUUGUUGAGGAAGCUUGGCUCAAAAAUGUGGAAAAUAGGGAGUAAAGCAAAACUUGGAGGUCUGGCAGGCUGUGUUCUAUGGGAAGUCUGGAACAAUGGUUUUCAAGACACUUUGUCAGCUUACCAUGCAAGCAUCUGCAGCCUAGUAACGGAUAUGACUAUCUUUCGCACACGCCUAGAAGAACUCCAGACUCUCAUUCCUGUGAGACUUGAUAUCGAGAGGCUUUUGCCCAUGUUGCUUCUAGCUUGCCCACAGGAACUGUUUUUGUAUGCAUGUCGCAUUCUCAGACUUUUUAUCACUGAUGAACAGUCAGCUGCUCUUAAUAAUUUCAUCACUAUGGCUGCAAGUACAUUUGCAACAAAUGAUGCUCUUCCAGUUCAGGUCUUUCGUGAAGCAGAAUCUUUUAAUAUUCUUGAUUCUUGCAGCUCCCUGACAAAUUCAUUGCAGAUACUGACUAUGCUGACUCAUGCUGUGGGAGAGGUGAAAGUUUUUUAUUCUGCUGCGACAAGCAUAAGUAGACAAGAUUUUGUGCAUGUGAAAGCAUCUUUGAGUAAACUUUGGCAGUUGUCAGUGUCAUUUGGAAAGAGCUUACAAAGUGUAAGGAUGUGGAGUAGCUGAAAUAUAGGUUUUAGAGGAAGGGAACUGAAAACAAAGAUGCUAGAAUAUAUUGAAAAGAGAUCUGUGAUAUGAUUUGACUGUGCUCGUCAAGGUAAUUUUAAAAAAAGUUCUGUGGCAGUCAAAUCAAUAUUUCAGUUUCCAAAUAUGCUGGGUGUUAUUUCAUGCAUUGUAUGUUGGGUAUAAUCAUUUUGGGUACUCUUUUGAAAGUCUUAGUCAGGCAAAUCAAGAUCUGAAUCUCUUUUUUCUUUUUGCAGCAAUAUUUAAUCUCAGUGGGCUUAAAAUCAGCUGUCACUAUUCAAAUAUCUGUUUAAUAAGGAAACAGUUGAAAAGUAAAAACCUGCCUAAUUUAUUGUAGGAAUUUGAAAUAAGAAAUAAAAGCUUUUACCUUUU